AUGGUGAAAAUCGAGGACAAGCUGAACUCCCUUUUAGCUAACGACAUAAUUGAACCGGUGGAGGGUGGUUGCCAGUGGGUAUCCCCCCUAGUUACUGUGAUUAAAGACAACGGCGAUCUACGCUUGUGCGUCGACAUGCGCCGGGCAAACGUCGCUAUCCUGAGAGAAAGACACAUGAUGCCCACAAUUGAUGAUUUUCUCCCACGUUUUGCGGGCGCCCAAUACUUUAGUCGCCUCGACAUCAAAGAGGCUUUCCAUCAAGUGGAACUUGAUGAAGAGAGCCGCUAUAUAACAACGUUUAUAACUCACAUGGGCCUCUUUCGCUAUAAGCGGCUUAUGUACGGAAUUGUAAUUGCGCCAGAAAUAUUUCAGAGGAUACUCGAGCAAAUAUUGAGCCGAUGCAGCAAAAACACUGCAAAUUUCAUCGAUGACAUCCUAAUAUUCGGCAAGACAGAAAGUGAGCAUGAUGCAGCGCUUGAAUUAGUAUUAUACACUCUUAAGGAUUAUGGAGUGCUGUUAAAUCAAAAGAAAUGUGUGUUCAAGGUCGAAAAGUUAGAUUUCCUGGGGCACACUCUUUCCUCACAAAGCAUACAACCUGCACAGGAUAAAGUUGUUGCUAUCCAGAAAUUCCGUCUACCUUCUUGUCCAGAAGAAGUUCGGAGUUUCCUAGGCCUUGUUACGUAUAUUGGACGUUUCUUGCCAAACCUGGCAACCAUUACUGCUCCACUCCGAGAGUUAACUUGUGCUGGAGUUAAAUUCAAAUGGGGCGUAAACCAACAGCAAUCGUUUUCAAAACUAAAGGAAAUGAUUUCCAAUGUGAACCUACUACGGUUCUUCGACAAUUUUCUACGCACGCGCGUCAUAGCAGACGCUUCGCCGGUUGCAUUGGGUGCCGUUCUAAUACAGUUUGAAGGCACAACAGAUGAUAAUCCUCGUUUAAUUGCGUACGCUAGCAAAAGCCUGACGCAUACUGAGCGUAGGUACUGCCAAACUGAGAAGGAGGCCCUCGCUCUAGUUUGGGCAGUGGAGAGAUUUUCUCCAUAUUUACUGGGACGUGAAUUUGAACUUGAAACCGACCACAAACCGCUCGAGGCGAUAUUUAAACCAACCUCACGCCCGUGUCCUCGAAUCGAAAGAUGGGUUCUUCGACUGCAGUCUUUCACCUUCACUGUUAAAUAUCGCAGAGGGGAUAACAACAUUGCCGACCCACUUUCCCGGAUGGUCGAACCUGGUAUUACGGAGGAUUUCGAUGCGGAGAAUAAAUUUAUGGUUUUAGCGGUACUAGAGUCUGCGGCGAUUGAUGUUCAGGAAUUGGAGGAAUCUGGCAAAAUGGACCGAGUUUUGGGACUAGUUAAGAAGUCUUUGCAGACAGGAAAUUGGGGUGAACCAGACGUUAAGUCGUACAUCCCUUUCAAUAAUGAGUUGGGUAUGGUAGGAGACAUUGUUGUCCGAGGUAAUAAACUUGUUGUUCCAACCAAUCUACGUCAACGAAUGUUGGACUUGGCCCAUGAAGGACAUCCAGGGGAGUCGAUCAUGAAGCGCCGUCUUAGAGAUCGAGUCUGGUGGCCAGGAAUGGACCGUGACGUCACUAACUGCGUAGUAGCUUGCGAAGGAUGUAGAUUAGUAGGACUUCCUAGUAAACCUGAGCCGAUGUCACGCCGUCCACUCCCGAACAAGCCAUGGGUCGACGUGGCUAUUGACUUCCUUGGACCAUUACCGGAGGGGGUAUAUUUAUUCGUCAUAAUUGACUACUACAGUCGGUACAAGGAAGUGGAAAUAAUGAAUAAAAUCACAGCAAAGGAAACAGUUUCUAGAUUGGACAAAAUAUUUACGCGACUAGGAUACCCACGAACAAUUACUUUGGAUAACGCCAAACAAUUCGUGGGCAUUGAAUUCGAAGACUACAGCAAGAGAUGCGGAAUCCACCUCAAUCAUUCUGCACCAUACUGGCCUCAGGAAAAUGGCCUCGUUGAGAGGCAGAAUAGAUCGCUGUUGAAGAGGCUACAAAUAAGCAACGCUUUACACAGGGAUUGGAAACAAGAUUUACAGGAUUAUUUAGUAAUGUAUUACACUACUCCACAUUCUGUAACCGGCCGUACACCAACGGAGCUCCUAUAUGGCCGUACGAUUCGAUCGAAAAUACCGGCUUUAGACGAAAUCGAGACUGCCCCUCCGCUAACAGAUUUUGCUGACAGAGAUUGUGAAGCAAAGAAAAAAGGGAAAGAUCACGAGGAUAUUCGACGAAAAUCGAGGAGUUCAUCCAUCAAAUCAGGUGACUCAGUUCUAAUGCAAAAUCUAUUGCCAGGCAACAAACUUCAGACAACUUACAACAAAACAAAAUACGUUGUGGUGUCCCGAUCUGGUUCUCGUGUCACCGUUGAAGAUCCCAUAAGUGGCAAAUCAUAUGAUCGGAACGUCGCACAUCUUAAAAAGAUUACAGAUCCAGUUGAAACAUCGCCGUCUUUGUCCAGUAGUCGAGAAAAUGAACCUUCAGGUGGCGCGGAUUGUGAGCUUGGUAUUGUGUCCUCCGAUGAUGAAUUUAACGGGUUUGAGGACGAACAGCCAUCCGAAGUAGUUCUACCAGAGCGACAGCAAAGAACAAGAAAAAAGCCAGCGAGAUUUAAAGAUUACCAGUUGUAA